CGCCCGUCCGGAAGGGGAAGAUGGCGGCGCCGGGCGGAAGGCGGCCGCUGCGCGUGCUGGUGUCCGGCGACGCGGAGGGGCGGCUGGGCGCGCUCUUCGGGCGGGUGGCGGCGGCCCAGCGCAAGAGCGGCGCCUUCGACUUGCUCUUGUGCGUCGGGGACUUCUUCGGCUCUGCUGGGGACGCGGACUGGGAGGAGUACCGGACGGGGGCCAAGAAAGCCCCUAUUCAGACCUACGUCUUGGGAGCCAACAACGAAGAAACCGUUGGCUACUUUCCUGAUGUCAGUGGAUGUGAACUAGCUGAGAACAUCACUUAUCUAGGGCGCAAAGGUGUCUUCAAUGAAGCCUCUGGCCUUCAGAUUGCGUACCUCAGUGGGACUGAGUGCUUGGAGGAGCCCGUCCCAGCACACUGUUUUAGCUCCAAGGAUGUGACCGAUCUCAAAACAUCGUUGCUGUCUACUCCAAAGUUCAAAGGUGUUGACAUCUUGAUAACUUCCUGUUGGCCCAGAGGGGUGGAGAGAUUUGGAAACACUCCCUUUGACGUGGACACUAAGAAAUGUGGCUCGGGGCUCGUCUCUGUGCUAGCCAGCAGUCUAAAACCAAGAUACCAUUUCAGUGGCCUGCAGAAGAUUUGUUAUGAAAGACUUCCUUACAGGCCCCUUGUGGUCCUUGGACCUUCAUAUCUGCAGGAUGGCCUUUCCUGUUAUGCUCUGCUGAAACAGUUUCAGUCAUGUGAGUCAAGCCUUCUAAAGGUGCCACCCUGUAAAUGGUACCUCUAUGCAUUCAGCAUCCUUCCAAUGAGUUCCAUGGAUCCAGCAGAGUUAGUCAAACAGCCACAGGAUGUCACUGAGAACCCAUACCGAGGGCCUGGAGGAUGGGAGCGUGGCACCCAGCAGCUGUCAGGAGCAGAGGAGGAACCUGUGGGCCAGUUUUUCUUUGAUCUAAGUAGCAAACCAAAAGGAAAGAAGCGGCCCUCUGAAGGCAGAACUGGACAGCAGCCCCAGCCCCAGCGCCUCCCUUGCAAGCCUUCCCUGCCAACAGCCGCGUGCUGGUUCUGCCUUGCUAGCCCAGAAGUAGAGAAGCAUUUGGUGGUGAGCAUCGGGACACAUUGCUAUCUUGCCCUUGCCAAGGGGGGCCUCUCUCCUGACCAUGUCCUGGUUUUGCCUAUUGGGCACUAUCAGUCGAUGGUGGAGCUGGCUUCAGAGGUGGUGGAAGAAGUGGACCAGUACAAAUCAUCCCUGAAGGAGUUUUUUCGGAGCAGAGGGAAGAGGUGCGUUGUCUUUGAAAGGAACUACAGGAGUCAGCACCUCCAGUUGCAGGUGGUCCCUGUGCCUCAGGACUGCUGCACGACGGAAGACAUUAAGGAGGCCUUCGUAGUCCAGGCAGAGGAGCAGCAGAUGGAACUGCUCGAAAUCCCAGAACAUUCGUCUCUCAAGCAAAUAGUGCAGCCAGGAGCGCCCUAUUUUUACGUGGAGCUGGACACGGGGGAGAAGCUCUUCCAUCGCGUUAGGAGACAUUUCCCCUUGCAGUUUGGCAGGGAAGUGCUGGCCAGCGAGGCUGUCCUCGGCAUGCCCGGCCGGGCAGAUUGGAGGAGCUGCCAGACGGGGAAAGAGGAGGAAGCAGCAGCCGCACAGGCCUUCCGCCAGGCCUUUGCGCCCUUUGACAUUGCCCAGGGGGACUGAGCGCGGAGCAGGAGCAACCGGAUUGUGUCCUGCUCUUUCUGUUGGGCCCUUCGUAGCAGGAAGAACUGGCGUGGCGCGAGGCCCCUGGACUCUUCCCAGCCACGAGCAUUCGGAGCUGCUCCAGCAGCCCCCCCCCCCCCCCGAGGGUCACCUCCUGAGCUGCUGGCACAGCAGAGACCUGGAGGAGCAAGGGAGCCGCUAGCAGGAGGGAGAAGGGGGGGGGGCUCUGCAGUGCGUAGCGGGGGGGGGGGAGGCGGCCUCACCAACAGCAGGUGGAGCGCUCAUCGGACUCAUCGGAAAGGCCAGCAGGGCAGAGAAAGGCAUAGGCUACCUUUCUCUGCUCCUUGACUUUGUCUGGAGCUUGUAAAAUAUUACUGGGGAGGGGGGUUGUAAAAUUUAAUGGGGUGGAGGUCUGUAAAUAAGCAUUGAAUGGAAAUGGAGUCAUGGGUGUGCUAUAAAUUAUUUUGCCAUUUUAAAUAAAACCGUUUUUAAA